CAUGUUCAGUGCGGUGCGCGUGUGCGUCCGGUUUCGGAAAGCGUUCGCGUGUAUUGCUUUCCGUUCGUACAGUCACAGUUCCGUAAACGUUUAUUCUGUCAUCAUAAUUGUUAUUGUACCAUAACACGACGAUCCCGUGGCAAACUCGUCGGAAGCAUCAAAACCGUCGUGCGCUUCGUUCGAAAUUUUUUUCUCGUUUCAACUUGUUCUUGAACCGUUCGGUUUUCGCGUUCGCUGUACGUCCUUUUCGCGUCGUGUUAUUCCCGUACCGAUACAUUUCAACGGGUUUUUUUCCCCGAUAUGUCCGUACUAUAUUUAUUUACGAAAUCAUGAUUCUGAACGAGUAGUAAGUACUAUUAGCUAUGGCUACUGUAGAAAUAACAGCUUACGGGAGGCCCCCAAAACAUGGUGACAUGGCUUCAAUUUUGGACGGACGAAACAAACGUCUAAAAAUUGGAAAAACAACGAAAAGAACAAUACCAAUACCCGUUCUUCCACCACGUAUUCCAACACCUAUGCCGGCACUUCCUAAAGAAAGUACACUGAAACUGAAAAUUGCCAAAUAUGAAAAAACAUAUCAAUCAUCUUUAGCUGCUCACAUGUUAUUAUUUACUUCGGAUUCCGAAAAAGACAAUGAAAAACGUUAUAUACUUCAGCAGCAGCAGCAGCAGCAGCAGCAGCAGUCCGACGUGGAAGGGGAAGACCGCCGUCGUUGCCGCCGCAGCCGGAUCGCUGCCACCGCCACCGCCACCGCCACCGCCGCCGCCGUCGUUCCGUCGUCGCUGAACGGAGGCGGCCGCAACCGUAGUAGUAGUGGUGCUUCAAACCCGGAACAGUCCGCCCGCGCUCGGACGCACCGAACGGACGACUUGCACGCGGUGUUCGCCGCCUCCGCCGCCGGAGACGAACAGUCCGGCCGCUUUCGACGCGCUCGCCAGCCCAACUCGCCGGCCACCGUCCGCGUGGACGACGCGACCACCACCGCCGUCGCCGCCGCCGAGUACCGAGCCCGACGGUACGGCAUGUACGCCGCGACCGCCUCGGCCGCCAACGCGGACGCCCGUUACGGGCUCCGGUACGGGCUGUCGUCCUCUCUCGCGCCGCAGGACACGAAGACUUCGUCGGCCGCCGCAGCGUUCUUCUUGAGGGCGUCGCAAAAACUGAAUCUGAACGGUUCGCCGCACCGGAGAAAAAGGCGAGGAUCUCAAGGAGAAGAUGCUUCGCACGGAUUCGCCAGCGGUCUGCACAAGCACGCGCCACCUCUCCCGGCAUUGCUGCAACGACGGAUCGCCGGCAAAGAACUCACUGGCGUGGGCAAGGUCAAAGUGAUCCUGAGAGUGGCUAGAGGGCUGCCGACGGGAUCAGCAGACGAACAGCAACCGAACGCCGGCGGACCGAGUAACUUCAUGUCGGUGGACCAGAAGCACAGGCAGCUCACGUUGAUUGAUCCGAACGCGCCUCCGGCCAGUGACGGUAGUCGGCGCGUGGGCGUAGCCGCUCCCAAAAUGUUCGCGUUCGACGCGCUGUUCACGCAAGACGACUCGCAGAUGGACGUGUGCAGCGCCACUUUGAUGGACGUCAUACAUGCUGUCAUCCAUGGAACCGAUGGAUCUGUGUUUUGCUUUGGCCACCAAAAUCUAGGUAAAACGUACACAAUGAUCGGAUCGCCGGAAGACCCGCAAACGUACGGGAUUAUACCGUGCGCUAUUUCGUGGCUGUUCAAAGGCAUACAGGAGCAAAAAUCAAGGACCGGCGCCCGUUUCUCCGUCCGCGUGUCCGCAGUGGAAGUUUCCGGACCCGCCUGCCCCGUUAAAGACCUUCUGGCCGGCCAAUCCAACGACGGCGACGACAAUUUGCCGGGCCCCGGGGUGUACCUUAGGGGCGAAGACCCCGUGUUGGGCAUACCGAUGCAACACUACAGCGAGCUGCGGGCGCAGACCAUCGAGAAGGCGGCGUACUACUUGGACGUGGCGCUGAACGUGAGGAACCCGUGCCCGGAGUCGCACAUGCUGUACACGCUGCACGUGUACCAGUACACCGUGCCCACCGGUUCGUCGGCAGUAGCCGGUGGUAGAAGUCGUUUACAUCUAUUGGAUUUGGGCAGCUGCGAACGAAGCAAAUCUUCCGGUGGACUAACGCUUUCCGGCCUUGGAAACGUAUUGCUGGCAAUAUUUAACGGUCAAAAGCAUCUACCGCACAGGGAACAAAAACUCGCUCAACUUUUGAAAGAAUGUUUAAACUCGUUGACGUGCCACGCAGCAAUGGUCGCUCAUGUUUCGCCGGCCGCUCAGCAGUACACGGAAACGCUGUCCACCGUGCAACUGGCAUCUCGGAUACAUCGGAUGCGUAGACGCCGGUUCAAGUUUGUUGGCGUGGCCAGCGGCUGCGGCACUUCGGGCGACGCGACCGAUCCGAAGACGCAGAAUGGCAUCGGGUCGAGCGACGUGGAACCAUCGAGCAGCGAACAGUCGGCGGACACGGUGAUCUACGUGGGGCCCAGCGAGGAGACGGACGGCGAACACCCGCCGGUGCACAUACCCAGCCUGUCCGCGGUGGAGAACAGAUGCCAUCCGCUGAACAAGCUGCUGCUCCGGGAACCGGGACAGAGCAAGUCGACGCCGUCAUCACCGCAACGGUCGGUGACCGCCAGCGCCACGGCCAGGGCCGCCCCGGCGUCUAGAGCGGCCGCCAAGCCGAACGGCGUAAGCAGCGCGCGUUCGUCGCCAGUCCGGGCGCCCAGGACCGCGGCUGCGGUGUCUUCCCGGAACUGCAAGGAACGACCGGAAGAACGGUGGAUCGACGGGCCGCGAAUGUCCAAGAGCCGUGCGCACGGGGCCCGGGCCAUGCUGAUGGCCGCGGCCAAAAAGGACGACGGCGGUGGUGGCAGCAGGGCGGUCGGUGGCGAAACGUGGAUAGACGGUCCUAUGCACGGCGGCGGUGCCGGUGGCGGACAACACGCGGACGUGUACGGGUUCAUGGACUACCACAAGAAGAACAUGAUUAAGAAAUGGGUGGAGCACCAAGUGUUGUACCAGGUGACGGACAAACAGAACAGGCACCGCGAGAUGAAGGAGUACACCACCGCCUCCUUCAGGACGGACGAGCUCGGGCCCAGGGGCCGAGCCAGCGGUCAGGAAGAGGACGGUGACGAAGAGCCAAAGGCGUGCGACCCAAUGCCCGCCAGACCGAUGACCGAAAACAAUCAUCAAGUCAGCAGAGUGGUGUCCAUCGAAAGACUCCGGGGAUCGAAUUCCGACGAGUACAACGAGGAAGACGAGGAAAUCGAACUGGAAAUCGUCGAGGUCGAAGAACUCGACGAACCCGUCCCGACCCAAGACAGUUGUUUACAGGUGACCGAGGAAGACAUAGCGUUCUGCAUGGGUGAGCUGGAGAACCCGUUACCGGAAGUCGACCAGGAGGAGCAUCCGCUGAGAGUGCUCAGCCAAGAAAACAUGACCGUGGUGUCCACGUUCACGGACUCACUGUCGGUGGCCAACGAUAUCGAGAGGGUUUUCUCCCGGCCCGGCGGCAACUCCUUCGGACAGUUCAACCAUCACGGUCGGCUUCAAUCGGCGCCGCAUCAUGAACGGAAAUCGUCCAAAGACCAAUCCCGGUACGAGCAGCUGUCCCGGCUCCACGAGCUGUACAACGGCAAAGUCGGCGUACCCAAACACGUUCCCAACAACUUCAACCACUCCACGUCCACGUUGCCGGCUCGCAUGCAGUCCGCCUCGCUGUCGGACGUGUUCAAGAACGGCACCGCCGACGACUCACCGUCCACGAACCACGACCACGUCUACCCGUCGAACGAUUUCGACAACAACAGCAUAGCCAGCGAACCCGCCUACCUGUUGAACGACAACAGCCAGUUCUGUCACAACUGUCGGAUGAACCUGACCAGCACUGACGAUCUGACCGGCAACAACCUGUGGAUGCACUACGGCGAACUGCAUACGCUCAGCCGUUUUCACACGUUCAAGCACAUAAGUAAAAAUAUAUCUAGUCUGAGGCAUCCGGACGGCGCGUCGAACCCCAAUCUGCAGUCGGAAACUUGCCGGCAGCCCGGGAACGGUGCCGAGGAAUGCAAGGACAAGAGGAGUCAGGGCAGCGACGAAGGAGACAUCGAAGAGGUGCCGUACCCACCGCCGUUGCAAUCGGAACUCCUCUCGCUCAGCAGGGACGGAUUGGAUUGCAAGACCAGGGUGCAAUCCGUAUUGAACGGGUUCAUGACGUAUUCAGGCCGGUUGAAUCACAACUAUUCGUCGAACACCAACCAGUCGCACGAUCCGGGAGGGAACAACGGGCGAUUGAAAAACGACCAGACCGUCUGGAACGGUGGCAGGACUCGGUUCGAGGACAUCAAGCAGCUGAAAGAGUUCAACUUGACCAGCAACAAAUUGUUCAGUCAACGGUGGUUUGCAGACAAACAAAACCCCAGAGCGAAGAAUUUGAACGAAACGGGCAAGAGCAAUAUUACGGCAGCCACCCAUCAGAACGGCAAGUGUGAUAGCUAAGGACGGGACGGCUGAGUAACGACGGCGCGUGCAAAUUUAUCAUAACGUUAGAAGAAGAGAUUUUCAUUUGUUUUUACUGAGUGUAAUGCGUACAACAAUGUAUGAUAUAUGUUCAUGUAUACGCGUACACUUACACACAUGCACGCAAUUGCAUUAAAAUAUUAUAUAUAGUGCUGUUCGGUGCGAGUUUAAAAUAAUUAUAUUCUAGAUAUUGUACAGGUUAUCAGAUUUUUUAUGAACGUUAGACGCGUAAAAUGCGAACAUUAUUUACGAAAUAAUAUAUUUUUAAUAGGCGCACGUAAACACGGCUGUGCUGUCGACGUGUUGUUCGAAAGAUUUGUGUCACCACGUCGCACGACACGCGACGUUUCGUUACGAUUUUUGGCGAAAAAAAAUAUUAUAAUAAUAAUAAAUAAAAUGAAAAAAAAACCAGAGCUCACACGCACCGAGUUAUUAUUCGACCGUAGUGUAAUCGUAAAUAAUAUUAAUUAUUUAUUAUUAUAACAUUAUAU